UCAGGGCUCUGUGCUUGUCCCCCUCCCAGAACUGCAUGAACUUGCCGCCGGACAAGGUGCAGCUGUUGAGCCAGUAUGACAAUGAGAAGAAGUGGGAGCUCAUCUGUGACCAGGAGCGGUUUCAAGUCAAAAACCCCCCUGUGGCCUACAUCCAGAAGCUGAAGAGCUACCUGGACACAGGCGGGGUCAGCCGGAAGGUGGCAACUGACUGGAUGCCCAACUUGGGGUUUAAGAGGCGAGUCCAGGAGUCCACACAGGUGCUGCGGGAGCUAGAGAUCUCCCUGAGGACCAAUCACAUUGGGUGGGUGCGGGAGUUCCUCAGCGAGGAGAACCGAGGCCUGGAUGUGCUGCUGGAUUACCUGGCGUUUGCUCAGUGCUCCCUCACGUAUGACAUGGAGAACACAGACAAUGGGUCCCCCAGCCCGGAGAAGAGUAAGCCCCUGGAGCAGUCAGUGGAGGAUCUCAGCAAAGGGUCUCCCUUGGCGGGCCCACCUCAGCCCAAAAGUCGCCACAUGACUAUCAAAUGCCCCCCUUCUCCCCGACUGACGCCAGCCCACAGCAGGAAGGCACUGCGGAAUUCUCGAAUUGUCAGUCAGAAGGAUGACGUUCAUGUCUGCAUCAUGUGCUUGCGUGCCAUCAUGAACUACCAGUCCGGCUUCAGCCUCGUCAUGAACCACCCUGCCUGUGUCAAUGAGAUUGCUCUGAGCCUUAACAACAAGAACCCCCGAACCAAGGCGCUGGUGCUGGAGCUGCUGGCGGCCGUGUGCCUGGUGCGAGGGGGACAUGACAUCAUCCUGGCGGCCUUUGACCACUUCAAGGAGGUGUGCGGGGAGCAGCACCGCUUUGAGAAGCUGAUGGACUAUUUCCGGCAUGAGGACAGCAGCAUUGAUUUCCUGGUGGCCUGCAUGCAAUUCAUCAACAUCGUGGUCCACUCGGUAGAGAACAUGAACUUCCGUGUCUUCCUGCAAUAUGAGUUCACCCACCUGGGUCUGGAUCUCUACUUGGAGAGGCUGAGGCUCACGGAGAGUGACAAGCUGCAAGUGCAGAUUCAGGCCUACCUGGACAAUGUGUUUGACGUGGGCUCGCUGCUGGAGGACACGGAAACUAAGAACGCUCUAAUGGAGCACCUGGAUGAGCUGCAGGAGCAGGUGGCCACGCUGACAGAGAGGCUCCGGGACGCGGAGAACGAAUCCAUGGCCAAGAUCGCCGAGCUGGAAAAGCAGCUAACCCAGGCCCGCAAGGAGCUGGAGACCCUGCGCGAGCGCUACAGCGAGUCCACCUCCAUGGAUGCCCCCGGAAGACCCUCGGAGCCGGAGAAGGGGCCUCCUCCCACCUCGGUGGCAGCGCAUCCCUCGGCCCUGGAGCUGAAGGUGGAGGAGCUGGAGGAGAAGGGGUUAAUCCGCAUCCUGCGGGGACCGGGGGAGGCGGUGGCCAUUGAGAUCCUCCCGGUCGCCUUGGGAACUCCUGGCAGCCCGGAGCCCCCGACUCCGAGCGUGCCCAUCAACUACCCCCACCCAGGCUCAGAUCCACCUGCAGCAGAGCCAGCUCUCGGAGCAGUCCCCCCACCAGCGCCCCCACUUCCAGGAUACGCCCCCACACAGGAAGCACUGCCUUCAGCGCCCCCAGCAGCCCCGCCCCUCCCUGGCAGCCAGGACCUUCCGCCCGCACCACCGCUGCCUGGUGACGUGCCGCCCCCGCCCCCGCCGCCGCCUCCGCCGCCGCCCCCGGGCACUGACGGGCCUGUGCCGCCGCCGCCCCCACCACCUCCGGGAGGCCCCUCUGACGUCCCUGGAGUGCCGGGUCCGGAGAUGGGCGCAGGGAUGAAGGCCAAGAAACCCAUCCAGACCAAGUUCCGAAUGCCGCUCUUAAACUGGGUGGCCCUGAAACCCAGUCAGAUCACAGGCACCGUGUUCACGGAGCUCAACGACGAGAAGGUGCUGCAGGAGCUGGACAUGAGUGACUUUGAAGAGCACUUCAAGACCAAGUCUCAAGGCCCCAGCCUGAACCUCAGUGCCCUCAAGGCCAAAACGACCCAGAAGGCCCCUGCCAAGGCAACUCUCAUUGAGGCCAACCGGGCCAAGAACCUGGCCAUCACCCUGCGCAAGGGGAACCUGGGGGCUGACCGCAUCUGCCAGGCCAUUGAGACGUAUGACCUGCAGGCCCUCGGCCUGGACUUCCUGGAGCUGCUGACGCGCUUCCUGCCCACGGAGUAUGAACGCAGCCUCAUCGGCCGCUUUGAGCGGGAGCAGAGGCCUGUGGAGGAGCUGGCCGAGGAGGACCGCUUCAUGCUGCGUUUCAGCCGAAUCCCGAGGCUGCCAGAGCGCAUGGCCACACUCACCUUCCUGGGCAACUUCCCGGACACUACCCAGAUGCUCAUGCCGCAACUGAAUGCCAUCAUCGCAGCCUCAAUGUCCAUCAAGUCCUCUGACAAGCUCCGCCAGAUCCUGGAGAUUGUCUUGGCCUUCGGCAACUACAUGAACAGCAGCAAGCGCGGAGCGGCCUAUGGCUUCCGGCUGCAGAGUCUGGAUGCGCUCCUGGAGAUGAAGUCGACGGAUCGCAAGCAGACGCUGCUGCACUACCUGGUGAAGGUCAUCACUGAAAAGUACCCCCAGCUCACAGGCUUCCACAGCGACCUGCACUUUCUGGACAAGGCUGGUGCAGUGUCCCUGGACAGCGUCCUUGGGGAUGUGCGUUCCCUGCAGCGAGGCCUCGAGUCGACACAGCGGGAAUUUAUGCGGCAGGACGACUGCCUGGUGCUCAAGGAGUUUCUGAAGGCCAACGCGCCCAUCAUGGACAAGCUGCUGGCAGACAGCAAGACGGCUCAGGAGGCUUACGAGUCUGUGGUGGAGUACUUUGGGGAGAACCCCAAGACCACGCCCCCCUCCAUGUUCUUUUCCCUCUUUAGCCGUUUCGUGAAGGCUUACAAGAAAGCUGAGCAGGAGGUGGAACAGUGGAAGAGAGAAGCGGUGGUCCAGGAGGCCGACACUGAUGCCCCUGGCAAAGGGGAGCCCUCCGCACCCAAGUCCCCGCCCAAGGCCCGAAGGCAACACAUGGACCUCAUCUCAGAGCUGAAACGGAAGCAGCAGAAGGAGCCGCUCAUCUACGAGAGUGACCGUGAUGGGGCCAUUGAAGACAUCAUUACAGAUCUGCGGAACCAGCCCUAUAUCCGUGCAGACACUGGCCGCCGCAGUGCUCGCCGGCGCCCUCCGGCCCCCACCCUGCAAGUCACCUCGGACCUUGCACUGUAGCCACCAUUCCUUCAGAUGGACUCUGCCGGAGGGGGUGGGGCCCUGCGUUGGCCAAGGCUCAAGAAAGGAGGUCCUUAGCUCGGCUGUGCCGGGCAGCCCCCUCCUCUGCUGCCCCCCCACCAUGUGCUGGCGCGUCCUUCUCUUGCCACUGCGGGGAGCAUCGCCGGCCUCUUCCCGCAAAUGCUGCUUGCAGCACCCACCUGUCCCCCAAAGCCAUAUAUUUAGGCCUAACUGGGGCCUGGCCUGUAACUUAUAAAGUGUAACCUCCCCCCCCACCUCGGCUCCCCACAAGCCCUCAGUCCCAGGGACUCUCCGAAGACCUUAUUUUUAUACAAGAUUAAUAAAGAGAUUUGCAACA